AUGCGAACCCUCGAUAUUUACGAUCAUGUUGCUCUCAAGGACGAUUCGCGACUGUGUGGGACAAUUACCCGUACCAACGGCGACCCCGGCGACCUUCACAUGGAAAAUGAGUUAAUCAUCGGCCACAGUACCGUCUCUCCCGAUGCGCUCAACGAGUUUGUCACCACGAGUGUGCCACCAGUCGGUCAUGUCUUUGUCCGAUGGGCCGCCGAGAUACAUGGUGGCUCGCUCGUGGACGAGAAUGAUUUGAUCCUCCUGAGCCGCUCGUUUCAGAUUGGCGACGUCGUAAAGCAGGAUGCCAGCGGCAUGACUGGGACGGUCAUAGAUGUGGACGAGAAUUACACCCUCGAACCCAUCGCUUCCUGCGACGUACAAGUCUUCAAACUUCUCUCCCUCGAACCCGAAAUCCCGUCGUGCACGCCUGCAUGCGCCUCGCGUCCUCCACAUCCCUUCUUUCAUCCAAAUCCGCAUGCUCUGAUUUGUAACGUCCCCUCUCGGGAAAUCAAAACGGCACAAGAUGUGGUCAAAGGCGAAUACCUCACAUGUAACAACUGGAUAGGAUUGGUCGACGAUGUUGAGUACCUUGUGGUCAUUGGGCUCGAAAACAAAUCAAUCGUCGCGGUCGCCGGAUUUCACGGCAUUCAUCGUCCUAUUCCAGACCAUGGAAAACCGUUGAUCACUCUCCCCGAGUUUGACGGGUUCCGGAAGCCGGACUUUGUUGUUGCCAAACAAGGCUGGUCGACAAUGAUCCCCGUGGGAAGCUUACGGCCGGGGGAAAUGGUUGUUGCUGACCGUAGUCGCCUGAGAGAGGGAAGAUGGAUUCGCGGCUCAUAUGAUCCCAAAAGCUCUGGACAUGGAGUGGUACUAGAUGUUCGCGCCCGAGAUGUUGCUAUGGAAUGGAUUUCCAACAACAAGGGCGGAGAAAGGUCCUCAAGUACGGCCCCAAUCCCGAGAUACGAGCAGAUGAUCUACCACAACGUUGACCACUUUCAAGAUCCGGCCAGUUUGAUCCCUAACAAGAAUGUAACUGUCUACGACUUUCCUAAAAUGCCAGGUAAAGCACCGACGGUAGCGUUGAAUUCAAGGUCACCACCUGAACAUCAGCCAGACACACGACGUGUCUUUCCUGGUCAAGAUUUUAUUGUGGGUGCCCACGUCAAAUUCAGAGAUCCCACGGGGGCAGCUGUCAAGUACCAAGGCAUUGAUGAGGACAAUUCUCAUGGCCGGCUGGUGAAAGUUGUGUCGCGCAAUUUUCCUGACUGGGACUUCAACGAAUUCAUAGUCGUUAACAUGACACAAAAAGCGACAGUACUCUGGCAAGAUGGCUCUACGACAACAUCUGACUCGCUGAAUUUGCAGGAUCAUGGCCUGUUUGAACCCGAGCUACAGCCUGCAGAUAUCGUCCUUAUGCGCGAAGAAAUGCGUCAAAGACCGGUAGGAAUUCGGGAUGGCCGCAACCUCAAAACCUCGGAUUUCAAUGAGGUGGCGCUUUUUGAGCGUCCACACGAUUUGAUACCGCUGAAAGUGGGUGUCAUUCAGAUCGUUGAGCCGCGCGAGAGAGUGGCCACGGUCCGUUGGUAUCAGAAACCCAAAAUUGAGCUCUGGGCGUCGGGAUCGAUCUUGGCUCCAGGUUCCCACUUCGGACCCAUCGGCGACACAGUGACGGAUGUCUCUUUGUACGAAAUCCUAUCGUUUCCUGCACUGAAUUGGAGGAAAAAGGACAUGUGUAUUCUCGCAAACUCUGAAGAAAUCAUGAGGCGCCGACAGGCUUACGAGGCUGGUCAAGGCGUCGACGCAGGUCGACCAAGGCACACAACUUCACUGAGAGGAGCAAUAGAGAGAGAGCUUGCCCCCCUUGCUCCCUUGCCGGCCAGAACGCCAGCGACUCGCGCGAGGCCAAUUGAUGCAGGGCCACAAGACGUCGACUGGGUAGGCCAAGUCGUGGCAAAUGGACUCGAUGGCUCACUGACUGUGCGACUGGGUGCAGCUCAGAACUGUCGGGAUGUCCAGACGGAUCCUGAUGGGAUCAUAGCAGUCAUAGAUGAACGGGACGGCGUCUUCGAUGAUGGCGAUAUGAUGGAUGUGGAUUCUUCGGACGAGUACGAUUUUGGUUUCGACGACUGGUCGGAUGAUUCAUACGUUGAACCUAUAUCCGAGAGUGUCGAAUACGAAGGCGGUGAACGCCUUGAUCACGACGAAGGCGACGAGAAUUGGGUCUCUGAGGAGGACGACUAUUUCACUGACGCCGAGAUGGAAGUGAGAGAUGCUGAAGAUGUGCAAAUGAAUGAGCCUAAUUCGCCCCCGGCGGGAGAAGAAACUUUGAACCAUCCACCACAUGCGCCAUUAUCGAGCGUAAUACCACUUGAGCCACCGCCGCAAUUUCUCCUACUCGACGAAGAGCCCCCAUCAGAUCAGUUUGGGCUCCAUUCGCCUCCAUCAUCUCUCGCCCUCCUGAAACGAAUUUCCAAAGAACACAAAAUUCUGGCGUCCUCGUUGCCCAAGGGAGAAAUCUAUGUGCGCACUUAUGAAAGCAGACUCGAUCUGUUAAGAUGCCUCAUCAUUGGACCUAGAGACACUCCUUACGAAAAUGCUCCUUUCCUAGUCGACUUACAUCUGCCAGAAAGAUUUCCUGAGUCCCCACCGACGGCCCAUUUCCACAGCUGGACGAGUGGCAUGGGUAGGAUCAAUCCCAAUCUUUACGAAGAAGGCAAGAUAUGUCUCAGUCUGCUGGGCACUUGGUCAGGAAAGCAUGAGACGGAGAGUUGGAGUGAAAAGGCUACCAUCUUACAAGUCUUGGUUUCUUUACAAGGGCUUGUUCUUGUUAGGAACCCCUUCUACAAUGAAGCCGGAUUUGAAGGCCUUGAGAACGACGCCAAAUAUAUUCACGACGCAGAGCAGUACAGCGAAAAGGCGUUUGUCAUUGCGAGAAGAUUCGUCAAGCAUGCACUGCUGCGGCCGCCGAAAGGAGUGGCAGAUAUCCUGGCGUGGUUAUAUCUGCCUCAAAACUCCGAAAAGCCAUCCGAGAGGCUGCUUGGUACAAUUGUGAAUCAAGGCAAGCUUUUGAUUGAAAGGUCCGAGUCUGCAAGGGCUAGGAAUGAUGAGAGCUUAUUGGAUUCCCAGGGAGGCAAAGACGAUGCUACCAAGGUGUUCCUACGACCACUGAGCCGUGGAGGGGUUGUUAUGCUGAGAAGAGUCAUCGAAGAGUUGCAGGCGGAGUUGGACAAAUUGAAAUCGUUGGAUGGUGGUGCUGGUGAAGCACAUGGAUAA